AUGAAUGCCAACUUCGGCGCUCCGUCCUAUUCCGAACACUCCGAACUGGUGGACGAGUCGGCAUUGUUUAAUAUUGACUGGGCCGUGCCCAAUUAUGAUCUGCCUUCUUCCAGGGCGGCUAUCCCUGAAGAUUCAUUGACAGCCCCAGGCGAUCGAGUAAAUGCCAAAGUUGCCAUUCCCCGAAAUGCUCAACGCACCAACUGGACUGCCAGUGGUCGAGUCAGUCGGGCCUGUGAAAACUGUCGCGAUCAAAAGGCCAAAUGCAGCGGACAUCGCCCAGUUUGCCAUCGGUGUCGGGAUGCCGGCGUUGGGUGUUCUUAUGGCGAUCGAAAGAAGGAGAAGAUGGCAAAGCAGUUGAAUGAUCUGACUUCGCAGGUUAACACGCUCGAAUCCUUGCUGCGUGAUAUCUAUCCCAGGCUCGAUGUUUCGUCAUCCCAGCUAGUGGAUCAGACACUGAAGGAAAUGAGCUCCCGGACUCCGCUCCCCCAAAAACCCAAUCCUGUCGCUCCUAACUUGCCUACCCUCCUGCCAAGCCAUAUCCAGCAGGUGAACCCUCCCUUGUCCUCUACAGAUGCUAGCCAGGCCUUUCCGUUCGGUAUUGCAGACUACACAGAAGAAGACUAUAACCGCGAUGACAAGGUACAGGCCAUGGGGUUCGUUGGUGAACACUCGGAGAUGGCAUGGUUGUACAGACUCAAACGCGACCUCGAUCAAGAUAGCUCCUCGCCAAUCAAGGAGACCCCUGAACGCCCUGCGAUUUCCUCCGUGAACUACUUCCAAGACGAUUCAGACUUUUCAGUGCCCGAUUCUGUCGACCUCACACGCUGGCCUCCGCAACACCUUGCCGACAACCUCGUUGACGCUUACUUUCACGCCGUGCAUCCUGCGUUCCCGAUCUUUGGCAAGGCCACUUUCCUGAACCAAUACCGAUCCUUCUACUCGAACCCGAAUUCGCGACCUGGCAAGAGAUGGCUGGCAUUACUGAACUUGGUGUUUGCCAUCGCGACGAGGCAUUCACUCCUCACCGAUCAGCUCCGACCGGACCAGGAUGAUCACCAGACAUUUUUUGCACGGGCCUGGAGCCUGAGUGUGGGCAAGGUCGCACUGUUGGACCACCCCGACCUGCAACAGGUGCAGGUUGAGGGAUUGACUGCUUUCUAUCUUCUGUCUAUUGGACAAGUCAAUAGGUCUUGGAGAAUCAUUGGGAUCGCCAUUCGAUCGGCGGUGACUAUGGGUCUGAAUCUUCGGAGUGAGAGCGAGAGCGUCCCACAUUUCUCGAAAGAAGUCCGCUACCGGCUAUGGUGGGCGCUUUUCAUGCUGGAUACAGUUCUGAGCGAGAUGACCGGUCGUCCUCUAAGUAUGGGAGAAAUCUUCUGCACGACACCUCUUCCAGUACCAUUUGGAGAGGAGGAUUUCUGGGAUGAUCGGGUUGUGCAGCUUAUCACCAGUCAUGAGACUCGAGGUGCAUUCUUUACUUCCUUGCUUUCCGAUAGUACCUCGACUCCGCCACAGGAUGGUGCGGGUCGCAAGAAUUUGAUCCCACUGGGAUCCAGUCAAACAAAGCGGGAGGUCCGAACACCUCAGGCGAUGGUUGAGAGUCAGAUACACAGCACUGGUCUAGCACCAAAUACUUCCCUAUACUUCUUAUACGCAGUGGAUUUAGCGCAUCUCCUACGAGAGGCGAUCAACAUCCUGUAUGCCCCUAGAGCGACACGAAUGUCCUGUCGCGAGAUCGAAGCCACAAUAUCUGCAUUCAACGACCAUGCUGACGCCUGGCUUUCCCAUCUACCAGCCGAAUUUCAUUUCGCAACGCCAGACGCCAAUGCAACCCAAAGGUUUGCACAUCAGCGUGCCAGCCUCGCCCUCCGAUUCUAUGCCACUAAGUUGAUCAUCACACAACCUUCUCUCCGUCUCUACCAGUCUUCAACGGAAUCAAAAUCCCCAGGGGCAACAUGCGACAAUAUGGCGACGAUCUGUGUCCAGGCCGCGUGUCAAAUGCUAGACCUCUUGCCCGAGGAGGCAGACAGCUCUUGGCUGUAUGGUAUCGCUCCGUGGUGGUGUAUCCUCCACAACAUCAUGCAGUCGACGACUAUCCUCCUUGUCGAGCUCUUCACUCGCACUCAUCUGGGUACACUCAAGGCCACGAGCCUUAUCCAACGAGUUCAGAAAGCGACUCGUUGGCUUAAUGAGAUGUCUGCCAAAGAUCCUUCCUCGCAGCGUGCCUGGUUGGUCUGUAUGGAUAUCCUCUCGCGGCAUGGCUCGAAGUUUGGCUUUAAUGCUGAACGUCUUGAGCCCAUUUCUGCGUAUGUACGGUCAUGA